AUGCGGGUGCUCCCGCUGGCCCUCGCCGCCGCCAUCUUCUCCGGCGUCACGGCCAUCCUCAUCUACAUCUCCGGCCUCUCCUCAUAUGGCGGCGCGGGGCUUUCCGAGGCGGACCUGGCGGCGCUCGCCGCGCUGCAGGGAGGGUUCAGCAAGUGCGUGGAUGCUAAUGGUGUAGGACUGCAAGCGUUUGGCGGAGAGGAUUACUGCCGUGUUGUUAUACAGUACCCGAGUGACACGGUUUCUAAGUGGACAGAUCCAAAAACUGGAGAGUCUGAAGGGUUGGCAUUUGAGUUCAAUCUCUGUGAAGCUGUGGCCUCAUGGGAGCAGGUUCGCAACAGUACCACAAUACUCACAAAAGAGUACAUUGAUGCAUUACCAAAUGGCUGGGAGGAGAAUAAGUGCAAGAACAGAACUCUUUGCAUGGAGAAGCUUUCAUUGGUUCUCCCUGAGACAUCACCAUAUGUACCUCAGCAGUUUGGUAGCUGUGCCGUUGUUGGAAACUCUGGGGAUCUUCUUAAAACUAAAUUUGGGGAUGAGAUUGAUUCUUAUGAUGUUGUCAUCAGAGAAAAUGGUGCACCUGUCCAGAACUACACGGAAUAUGUUGGUGAAAAGAGUACAUUUCGCCUUCUUAACAGAGGAUCUGCAAAGGCACUGGAUAAAGUUGUUGAGUUAGAUGAAACAAAAAAGGAGGCAUUGAUAGUUAAGACAACAAUACAUGAUGUCAUGAACAAGAUGAUUCGGGAACUUCCAAUAACCAACCCAGUAUACCUCAUGCUAGGCACAUCAUUUGGUUCCUCUGCUAAAGGAACUGGGCUUAAAGCUCUUGAAUUUGCUCUCUCCAUCUGUGACAGCGUUGACAUGUAUGGCUUUACAGUAGACCCGGGCUACAAGGAAUGGACGAGAUACUUUUCAGAGUCCAGAAAGGGACACACUCCACUACAUGGCAGAGCAUAUUAUCAAAUGAUGGAAUGUCUUGGUGGAUCGUUUACUGAUGUAGAAAAUCAUGUGCAGCUUGUAAAAAUCCAUUCGCCAAUGCGGGGUGAUCCUGGUAGGGUAGUCAAGUGGCUGCCUACCAAGGACAUCAUUGAAGCUGCUAGAGUUGCUUCAGAGAAGUUGUUGAAGAGACCUGGUGCUGGAAGCGUUGACCCUCUGAGGACUUGCACCAUGAUAAAGAAGCGCAAGAACGGAAAGGCGCCAAACAGAUUCGGCCUCCGAGAUGCUGCCAUGAAUCACCUUCGGUACAUGAAGGGUGCCACCAGGCAGCUCCAUGGAGUCUCUAGGAAAACAGAGAUGGGUAGCACUCCCUUUGUCUAUAACUUUUUGGGGUCCAAGGUGAGUGAUGUUAUCUUCAGAAAUGAACACCAUGACAAAACUGGCAACAGGACACUCCACCUGGACAACAUCCAGACAAAUAGUGAAAUUUGA